ACCCCCACACCUCACAUCACUCUCAGCCUCCGCUACUGGACAUGGCUACUCUCUCUGCAAAACCGGAACCCUCACCAGUAUCCGUAACCCUAACCCUAGACUCCUUGCCUUCAAUAGACAUGGCUACCUUCACUCAGUCCGAGCUACGAGCACUUUCUCUCUGCUCCCCUUCCGCCAUUGACGUCUGCCGCACUGAUGAUCUCGUUAUUCCUUCCAUCGACCCUUCCACCUUCAAUGAAAGCGCCGGUUCCCGUCGCCAGAUCUUUACUCGCUCUCGCCCUUCCUCCCCCUCGCACCAUCAUCACCACCACCACCGGCACCGCGUCGCCGGCCUCUUUCCUUCGUCGAAACCUUCAUCCGUCCCUGAUGACCCCGAAUUCCACGAGAACCGCUCUAUAAUUGCUUCUCUCAAGCACUCACUGAGGAGCCUCCCGGAAUUUUACGACCUUGACAUUGAUUACACUCCGCCGGUUCCCUUUUCCGCUUUGGCUCCUGAUGAUUCCUUCAAUUUCCGUGAUGCCGAAGUGGGUGUUGGUAGCGGAGGCGAAAGGAAAAAGAAGAAAGGGAGGAAGCCCAAGCCUAAGGUGAUCCUGGACGAAAGAGAGAAGAGUUUGGAUAUUGUGAAUAAAAAUGGCGUGGCCGUCGAUUUGGUAGCUUUGGCUGAUUUGGAAGAUCCGUAUGGAGAGGAGUUGAGGAAGAGGACGGAAGGGAUGGUAAGUGAGGAGCAGCUAUUGGGGUUUUUGAGGGAUCUGGGUGGCCAGUGGUGCAGCAGGAGGAGGAAAAGGAAGAUUGUAGAUGCCAGCAUUUUCAAGGAUGUGUUGCCAGUAGGCUGGAGGCUCUUGUUGGGACUCAAGAGAAAGGAAGGUCGGGCCUGGAUUUACUGCCGCAGAUACAUAAGUCCUGGUGGACAUCAUUUUUUAUCAUGCCAGGAAGUUUCUGCUUAUCUUCAAUCCUACUUUGGACGUCAUGGUCUACAGAAGAUGGUCAUUUGUGAUGGUAACAAUGUUCAGGAGCAGGAGCACACUAUAGUUUCUCAAAAACAGCAUGCAGAUGCUAUUCUCGAGGAGAAUGCUCAAAGGCAAGCAGAUGAACAUGCAAAAGAAAUUACCUUACUGGGUUUUGAUAACCUGGCGGAAGUGCAAAUACAUGAUCUUUUUGAAUGUCGUAAAUGCAACUUGAAAUUUGAUGAUAAAGACACAUAUCUGCAACAUCUUUUGUCUUUUCACCAGAGGACUACAAGAAGGUACAGGCUUGGAUCUUCAGUUGGUGAUGGUGUAAUAGUUAAAGAUGGGAAGUUUGAAUGUCAGUUUUGUCAUAAGACAUUUCAUGAAAGGCGUAGAUACAAUGGUCAUGUAGGAAUACAUGUUAGGAAUUAUGUGAGGGGUAUCGAGGAACCAGCUAAUAGGCAGGCUCUUCAGAAGAGAAUUGAGUCUCCAUGCAAUGAUGAGUUGCCUACAAGGAUUUCAAAAAUGGAUGCUUUGAUUGAAAUUGCUCAGAAUUCUAUUCUACAAACUUCUACCAUGCCUGAUAUUGAGCUUGCUGGUGGAUUGACUCCUGGUAAACUGAUUACUGUUCCUAAUCAAGACCUUCCUGCUUCCAAUUCUGAGGAUGAACUAAACUCUAAUGUUCCUUUCAGUGAACCAGAAACUGAAUCUGACAUGAGUGAUAGAACUUUGGAUCAAGAUCUAGUACCACGAAAUAGCAAGCAUAUGAUCAUUGAUGAAGAGAUAAUGAUGGAUUAUGAUAGCCAUGUUGUAGAUGUCAAGGUGGAUUCUCUUUUGGAUACUUCUAUUGUCAUAUCUGCUGAUAAGAUAAAUUGUAAUUCUCAAAUGAUUAGUGGGAAAGAUGUUAUGAUGUUAACAUCGGCUGAAAUUGGGAAGUUUGGCACUGAGCUGAAAACAGAUGUUGAAAUGGUUGGUGGAAAAGAUGUUGUGACAUUAACCUCUGGUGAAAUUGGGAAGUCCAAUGCUGAGCUGAAAACAGAUGUUGAAAGUCACCUACGUGUAGCAUUGGAAAAUCAGAAUGUCUGUGAUAUUGAUAAUAAUGUGAAUUCAGUUACUGCUAGAAUGGUGGAGCAUCUUAAGCCUAGUGAAGAGGGUAACAGUGAGAAUUUUGGCUCUGGAAGCCAAAAUUCUGAACCAGCUAAAAUUAUGGUGAGACAGAGUGAACAGGGGAACUCUGAAGGAAAUAUACUCCAUGAAAAUUUGGGUUCAAUGCCAGUAUUGCAACCCAAAAAUUGUUUCCAGACACAUAAUGAACUUAAACAUGAGAGUGAAGAUGGGAAGCCGGAAAAUGUGUCAGGAUAUGGUGAGCUGAGAUUAGAUGAAAUAGAGCAGCUGAAAUUCAAUUUUGGGACAGGGCAAGAGUCUCUUGCUCUACCAGAGGUGGCGAUAGACUUGGCUGGUAAUGAGGGGAUGGAAGGGGCAUAUGAUUGUGCUGUUCAGUUUGAAUCUGAGGAAGUCAUGUUAAAUAUGAGGGGUAGGAGCCAGCUUACAACUGUGUGUGUCUGGUGUGGAAUGGAGUUCAGCCAUGAGGACGUUGAUCCUGAAACCCAAUCAGAUUCAGUUGGUUAUAUGUGUCCUACCUGCAAAGCAAAAAUCUCGGGGCAACUUAAUGCAGUUUGAUAGUGGAGGUAAUUUUAACAACAUGUGUGAAAACAAGGAGGCCUCCUUACCUUGAGCUUGGAGGUAAGUCUUCCCUGCUAUAUGUUGUUCUUUAGGAAAGGUCCUCUUGUUUAAAUAUAUUGUAUCUCUUAAGUUUGAGGCUUUAUUGCUUCAUGCUUCAUGCUUCUUGAUUCCUCAUUCCUCUAUGUUGCUAAAUUGAUCUGAACCAAAAAAAGCUUGAAAGCAUUAAAAGAUGAAGUUUCUGUCUUCUUGACUACCUCA